GACACCUUGUUAGAGAGGGGGAAGGGUGGAGGAGGAGGAGGAGGGAGAAGGAGACUGUCACCCUCGCUCUCUCCCUCCCUUCCUCACACAGACACACACACACACACAUUCUCCCUCACACACACACACACACACACACACACACAUCUCCUGCCAUCAGCAGCGUCUGCCGGCUGCAUCCUCUGCUGAAGCACCACGGCUCCUCCAUCCUCCUCUUCCUCCUCCUCUUCCUCUGCGUCGUCUGCUUCUGACACUCUGACCGCUGCGGGACUCCUUUGUGUCUCUGCGGGGGCCACUGUUGUGUCUCCUUUUUUUGGAGGAAGAGCAACACCAUGGACAUGAUGGGGAACAAAGAGCGACGAGGCAUGAAUUUCAAAGGCUUGCUGAGGAGGAACUGGCUGCUGAUCGCCACAAUUAUAUCCGUGCUGCUUGGGAUCAGUCUGGGCGUCGUGGUCCGAGAGUAUGCCUCCUUCUCAAAUCUCCACAAACAGUAUUUUGGAUUCCCGGGAGAGAUCCUGAUGAGGAUGCUGAAGCUCGUCAUCCUCCCUCUCAUCAUUUCAAGCAUGAUAACAGGUGUAGCAGCUCUGGACUCUGAAGUAUCGGGAAAAAUAGGGCUAAGAGCUGUUAUCUAUUACUUCUCCACAACCAUCAUCGCUGUGAUUCUCGGUAUCAUUUUGGUGAUGACCAUCAAACCCGGCGUGUCUCAGACUGCUGAGCACAUCGACAGAGCCGGCACAACGCCAAACGUCACGACAGUGGACACACUCCUCGACCUCGUCAGAAACAUGUUUCCAGAAAAUCUUGUGCAGGCUUGUUUCCAGCAGUACAAGACCAAGCGCAAAGAGCUGGAGCCUCCGAAAGUUCCGUCCAACAACACCACCAACAGUACAAUCCCCCCUCUCACGACGACUAUCGCCUCUGUGGUAGAGAAUAUAACCAAGGAGUAUAAAAUCGUCGGGUCGUACUCAGAUGGGAUCAACGUGUUGGGGCUUAUCGUGUUCUGUGUUGCUUUCGGACUCGUCAUCGGGAAGAUGGGCGAGAAGGGACGAAUCCUGCUGGAGUUCUUCGAUGCCCUGAACGAAGCCACCAUGAAACUGGUGCAGAUCAUUAUGUGCUACAUGCCUGUGGGGAUCCUCUUUCUAAUUGCUGCUAAGAUCAUCGAGGUGGAGGACUGGGAGAUCUUCAGGAAGAUGGGUCUUUAUAUGGUGACGGUGCUGAGUGGUCUUGCUAUCCACGCCACCAUCUGUCUUCCUCUCAUCUACUUCAUCAUCGUGAGGAAGAACCCGUUCACGUUCACACUGGGGAUGGCUCAGGCUCUGGUGACAGCGCUCAUGAUCUCCUCCAGCUCGGCCACCCUGCCCGUCACCUUCAGAUGUGCUGAAGAGAACAACCGCAUCGACAAGCGGAUCACCCGCUUCGUCCUCCCAGUGGGUGCCACCAUUAACAUGGACGGCACAGCGCUCUACGAGGCGGUGGCCGCCAUCUUCAUCGCCCAGCUGAACGACUACGCUCUGGACGUAGGCCAGAUUGUAACCAUAAGUAUAACAGCAACAGUCGCUAGUAUCGGAGCAGCAGGAGUCCCCAACGCUGGGCUUGUCACCAUGGUAAUAGUCUUAACAGCUGUUGGAUUACCUGCAAGUGAUGUCACUCUGAUCGUGGCUGUGGAUUGGCUGCUAGACCGUUUCCGUACGAUGAUAAAUGUGCUUGGCGACGCUUAUGGAGCCGGAAUCGUCCAGAAACUGUCCAAGAGAGAACUGGAGCGGAUGGAUCUGACAUCAGACGUGGACGUCGCUAACCCCUUCGCUCUGGAGGCCACUUUGGACGACGAAGAAUGUGAGAAGAAAUCCUAUGUCAACGGAGGUUUCACCGUCGACAAGACGGAUGCGAUCUCGUUUACUGAAACCUCCCAGUUUUAGCCUCUGGCUGGCUCAGAGGAGCAGAGAAAGUGCCACGCUGCUAUGGAUGUAAAACCUUCCAUCUUGUAUCAGCACCAUGACGGGAGUGGAAAACUAUCCAAACCAGCCCCAUCCAAGCUCAGACAUCAGCAAUAGCAGCCUCCAUUAAGCUUACCCAAGAUGAUCACGCUUCAUGUCGGACAUUUACAACCACGACUAGAUUAAAGUGCUUCCUUCUUAAUCUCAAAAUGUGCCAAGAUGAAGAAAAGUCAGUUUUCUUUUAAACAAGAGUCUGCUCGUUCUCAGAAGAAGAGCUGUUUGUGUGUGUGUGCAUGAGGACGUUCUUUUCAGGUGUUUCAGAGGAGUGUGUGUGUGUUUUUUUUUUGAGAAAAAGAAAUAUCUAUUAAAUACGAGUAAAAGCAAAGCAGUAAUCCUGAUGUGAAACAUCACUUUAGUACUUAUUUACUCCUUCAUCAGACACUUAUUCUCUCAGAUUUCUACAUAAUCUUUUUGUGUGUGGCUGUGUUGAAUGUCUAUGUCCCAUAAUGCACUGCUUGUAUAUCUAUCUGUAUGUUGAAACUGUGCCAAACAUAUAAAGAAAGUUUUUACGAAGUUGCAUGAAGCAAUAUGUUAAAGAAACGCUAACCGCUGGCUGCAGGAAGCAGAUUUUUUAUGAGACUUCACUGAGACUGCAGAUGGUUAACCGAGGCUUGUGAAGUCAUUGAACACUGUGAACUUUGAGGACAUUUUUUCAGAGCCAAUCACUAACACACUGCUUUUUAUUCUUUAGGUAAAUGGUUGUGAAAAGCGUCUGUGUUUAGGCAGUGUGGGGAAAAUAACCCUCUCGAUCAACACUAUUUUAAUCGUCACCUAAAGGAUAUAAAGAUGUAAAGACACUGGAAAAAGUGAAUAAUUUUAAUUUAUUUUUGCAGUGUUGCUUCCAUAUUUUCACUGUGGUGUAAGGGCUUAAAUAUGACACAUGUGCAGUAGGGUUCAUGUAUAGUUAGGCCGUCUGUAAAAAGGCACAAAAUAUAAUUCCAAUUUAAAAUAUAUCUUUGAAAUUUGAGCCGAAUGACACAAAAAAGGAAUUACAUGACCAUGUGCAGAUUUCCUGAAGGGGUUGAAUGGUAUUCCUGAGUGUUCUUCUGCAUUACUCUUUCACUCUUUAUAAGUUCACGUUAUUGACUGUAUAUAAAGAUGGACAAUGCAUCUCAACCUCCUCCCGUUAAACAAAAGUGAAGCCAAGAUCCCUCUGCAAUUGGCACUGGAUCCAGAGUCACAGUAUUAACAUCCCACCCCUUCUGCAAACCAUAACAUGCAUUCAACUUCACGAUAACACGUUGUCGUGUGUUUUCUUGUUUGUUACGUUUCCUCUCACCGUUCCUCCUCUACUCUGAUAAUCCAGAGCACACAGCUCUGCAGGAGCCUCAUUGGUCAACACUGCUGUCAAUCACGCCGUCAGAUCCCCCCAUUCCCUCUCCACUGUGACAUAAAUCAGCAUGAUAAGAACUAACUAUAAUGACAGAAACAUGUUUGAGGAACUUUUAUUCCACCUGUGUUUGGAUUUUAGAGUUUGACCCAUGUCCCAUCUGUUCACAUGGAGGAUGCGGGUUUUAUGACCUAUUCUGCAACCAUACAGCAGUUUGGCUUCACUUUUGGGGACACCGUCCAUGUUUGUAUACAGUCUCUAGUUCACACAGUAUUCCCCUGUGCAGGUCUCUCUAACAGUGUUCCUGGUAUGAUAAUCAAAAUCAUCUGAUUCCCAUUUUAUUCCUUUUUUUUACUUUCCAUCAUCUCUGGAGUCUGAGUUCCCUUCAAAUCUAUGAUAAUUCAACAAACACUGUAUCUUUAAAUGCAGUUUUUUAACACCCAUCAUGUGCUCAAGGUUUUACUCUACAAGAACGGACUCUGCUUCCUCAUCUUCACUCCCCACAAGAGAACUACAAACUCCACUAGGCAGUUUGUUGGUUACAUUGUGAUUACACUGAAGACAGAACAACAGUUCGCAUGUCUCUUUAGAGAGAUGUUAGAGCAAAUAAUAAGUCCCACAGACUUCUGCACACUGUCAAACUGCAAACAUACCUUUAAUGUCAACAUUUUUAGUCCUGAGCUUCAUUGGGAAAAGAGCUAAGGCACGCUGUCUUAAAGAGGCAAGGCUUCAACCAGUCAACAACAUCACAUGACAUCCGCAUGAAAGAACUAAUAAAUGAUAAAUGCAACACUUGCAAGUUAGACAGUGUGCAAAAAUGAAUCUGCCAUCUUUAUUUAUUUCUCAACCAUACUCAUGGGUGCCACCACUUCACUGCUGCAAAUGUUCAUAUACUUUUAAGGGCCCUUAGCAUCAUCCUGACUUUUCUCCCCCGUACAGACUCCCUGAUCAUACUUUGUUUCCAGUUUAAAGUAGUAGAUUAGCUAGAAAAAUGUUGUGCAAAGUACUGACAUUAAAACAACAUCCCUCGUGCCAAUAAUUAAAACUAUAACUAUAACUAAACUAUAGCUAUUACCUUUAAGAAAUCCAGUUAUUACUUUUCUCUUUAAGGUGAGCAAGCAACAGCUUUUUUUUUUUUUCGGUACAGAAAAAAACUCCUCAUGAGGUUUGUUCGCUUUUUUUGUCAUCCAGUUUUGGAAAGGUUGAGUCAACAAGACACACCUCCAACAUUUUCUCACAACAUUAAGAUGCAUUGCCCCCAAAACAUGAGCUGAUGCCUGAACACUGUUGGUAGCAAGGUUAUUGUAGAAAAUACGCAGCUGGAAAUGCUAGUUGGAUUUUAGUUUAUUUUAUUUGUUGUGCUAUUUCAGGGGUCAAACACUUAUUUUAUUUUCUUGUUGCAAGCACUGCCCUCCUAACAGAAUCUAAUGUGCCAAAGCUUCAUGAUGUUAGUACCUUAGUCAUUGCCAACCACACUCACAGCAGGUCUUAUCAAGUAGAAGUGGUAAUGCCAAUGGCGCCAUAUGGUGAAUCACACAAAAACCACUGUGACGUUUUCUUUUUUCUGUGCGGAAUAUUCCUGCCCUGCAGAGAGCAUCUAAUGUGCCAAUGCUUUACCAUGUGAGUCACUCUUGAGUGCAUUAAAAAUCAGCCGAUGCUAA